CAUGGCUGCUCGGUUCUGCUGACAUUCAACCAAAGAGACACAAAACCAAGCGUCGACACCUGUGCUUCUGUCCUAGUGAGCCUUCCACAAGAUUUCUUGAUCUGUGGUGCGGAAGCAGUCAUAGUCGCUCGAGAUGACGUGCAUCUUGGCUGUGUGCUGCGCCUGAAUCACCAACUCUGCGCUUGCGGUUCUCGCCGACGCUCGCAGCUUCUGAGCUCGCAUACGAGGCCAAGCUGCUGCUCGUCACAACUCCUACUGCCUGAGCAUAGCUCGGUGACAUCCCUCGCCAUUCACCACAUCCAUCAUGAAACGAUCGACUUCGCCAGCAUCUACAAAUGUGGCCCCGCAACCACACGUGGGGCCGGAAUUAUCCAGCUCUGAGCCUGCAAUGUCAAUCCAGGCUACAGCAUCGGCUCAGCCUUUAGGUGACGCACCCGUAGUCAAGACCGAGUAUGCGGAGAUGAUGUCGACAGCUACUCCUGUGCGCUCUGCGAGCCCAGAGCUGCCUCGAGCUCCAAGUGAAAAGCCAGACGAUCCACCGCACACCAGAGAGUUGAAGGUCAAUGGCCCACACGAGACCACAGCAGCAAUAGAGCAGGCGCCUCAAGGGACGGGUGACGGGCUGGAGACUAGACCGCGCAAAAAGAUGAAGUCGUCGGCCUUUGUGCCGUGGAGCGAGAGCGCUGCAAGAGCUGCUGGAGUCGACGAAGACACUUUGGCACAACUGCGGGCUGCCAGCCAGCCCUUCGGGGCCAUCUCAGAAUCUUUGCGGCACGAGGUGGAUCCAAACGAGGCACUCGUGGAUGAGGCAGGAGGGAUUCUAGGCGAGCCGACAUCGCAAGAGAUGCAAUUCAAGACUCACUCGUCUGCUCAUCUCUCGCCCUACGAUCUGCUGCAGUCGGACGAAGCUGCAGGAGCUCAUGCAACUUCUUCAUUGAGCUCGGUCCCUUCGCCGAUUGAGAACGCUACUUCCGCUUCCAAAACGAAGCGCAAGAGCAGCACGAGCGACAACAAGGCGGCUCAGAAGUCCAAGACGGAAAGGGACCGCACACGGGCAUUGGUCUUGGCAGAAGCCGCCGCUUCUGCUGCUGCUGCUGCUACACUAGAGAAGGAAAGGGAAGCAGAGAGAGAGCGCGAAGCGCGAGAGAGGGAGGAAGGGCUAGGAGACGAGGAUGAGGACAUGAAGCUGUACUGCGUCUGCAAAGCCCUGUAUGACGAGGAGCGCAUGAUGAUUGCAUGUGACCGCUGCGAUGAAUGGUACCACACCUCGUGUAUGGACAUGGAUGAUGCGAAGGCGGAGCUAGUAGACAUGUUCAUAUGUCCUGUCUGCGAGCCGAAGACGACGGACAGAACGACUUGGAAGACGAAGUGUCUCCGUCAAGGGUGCACCCACGCUGCCCUUCCGCCGCUCUCGAGGUACUGUGGCCAGCGCUGCGGCAUUCUGGUAGCUGCUUCCAGAAUUUCCAAGACCAAGUACGCCAAAGCAGGGGCCAAAGCGACUGCUGAGAAGCUGCUGGGGAACGUGGUGAAGAACGCGACGAAGAGAGAGGGCCUGUGCGUCUGGGCAGACGUAGGCGCUCCCCGUGCUUCGAUCAACACCUCAUCAAAUCAAGAGCUCCAAAGAUGGAGAUCAAAGUUCCAUCCAGGGUUAGGUGCCUUCGACAUCAUGGCAAAUGGGGACAAUGCGGGUGUGAAGGAUGACGAGCAUGCCCUGUCCCUGCGAACGCCCGCGAGCGCAGAAGCAGAGGCACUGCACCAUCUUGGUCUUAAGUCGCAAAUUUUGGCUCAUCGUCACAAUGCAGCGGUCAAGACGUUUAGCAUGGUCGAGGCACGCAUCACGUUGCUCGAGCUUGCAAAGCAAAGGAUUUCGACUCUACCUGCCGUGGAGCCGGAUGAGGGCGCCAUUGCAUCCUCGACGACAAGCACCAAGAAGAGCAAGUCGAAGAAGCGAGAUACCGAGGAGGGCACAAAAGGCCUGCCGAGGUGCGGGUACGAUGAGAGGUUGCACUGGGACGAUUAUAAUUUUCACGCGUGGUGGACGAGUGACAAGGCUCAGUCGAUUCUCAAGGGCGAGACUGCCUUGGACGGUGUCCUCAGUGGCCCGGGCGAGGAUACACUCAAGGCUCAGGGAUCUGGCGCGUCGACCAUUUGCGGGUUGGCCAAACGAAAGUGCAAAAGACACGCUGAUUGGGCGACUGUGCGGGAAGCCGACUUCGAAGUCGAGCGAGAGCUGGUGUCCAAGGACGUCAGUCAACUGGCAGCAGAGAUCGAGCGCUGCAAGACAGAUCAGGAGCAUUGGGUGGCUGCCGCCGAAGCAUCACGACGCGCUCAGCUUGCUGUGGAGGAGGCGAAGAAUCUGGCUGUGGCUGCUCAGAUCGCGAGGGAUAAUGGUAUGCGAAGAGUCACGACCUUAGGCGCUGGUGCCCUUAAAUGAGACGAUGACGACGUGAUUCUGGCAAACUCAAGACGCGAGCCAGAAGCUGUCUUUCGACCCAACUGUUCUUCGUCAUUAGAACCACAGGAAUCUUUUCAUCUGUAUAAUAAUCCACACUCUGUGACUACAAUGCACGCGAACACUCACACCGGUGCUUUCAAGCUCGAAUCGGUGCGGGAGAUGUGGAGCAUGACUUGCCCUGGAGCGCGCGUGUGCACUCUCGAUCCAAGCACGCCGAGGCUGGACCACCGCG